AUGCUCUCGAUGAAGCUCUUUGUUGUGCCGGCUACCGUGGUUUUGGCGUGCCUCUGCAAAGCGGCAGCGUACAAACUUGACGCGGAAGACGGGCAGGCGGAGAUUGGGGCCUACCAUAUCCAGCCUGGUCGGUGUGCCGGCGUAGAGCAGCGUCUAGGCCACACCAAGUACAGCCAGUACUACCACUGGAGUCCGUUCCACACAUCGUUCACCGAGCUGGGCUACGGGAACGAUGUGGAGCAGAUGGACUCUACAGCGCUGUGCGCCAACAAUCCCGCACUGACCGAGGGCUACGGCGGAGGGUUCGACAAGAUGCGCAUCUACCUCGUGUACGGACGCUGCGUGUACGGUACCCAAGACAUGAAGGUCAUGUGCGGAACCAUCACCGAGCAAGGUCGGCCCUCACACAACAUUCUUAACGUCGUUCAAGCCUCGUGCCCCGUCGGAACGCGGUGCAAGAACCUGUGUGCAACAAUGCAGGAUCCCUCGCUCACGAGCAAGUUUGCAGUCAAGCAGGUCCAGCUCGCUCAGUGCAUGCCCAUCCCUCAGUGGAACAAGCUCACCAAUAUGUACAGGCCGAAAGCUUCGCCCCUGCCGAAUGCAAAUCAGGCAGCGACUGCCGCAAGCCCGAAGAUCGAUCCCAAGGUCGUGGAUAAGGUUCCGACUGGAAACCCAACCGUGGAUCCGGUACACGUCGACAACGACGGCACGAUUCCUGGACGCGUUGUUUCGCCCUCGACACCUUCCACCAGCGACAUUGAUGCGGCCCUCCUGAAAGCGGCGAACGACAAAGAAGCCUACUCUGGCGAGAGGCUCGUCACGAAGCAGCCCGACGGCCAAAAGCCCGUUGCCGCGCAGCCGACAAAGGGAGACUCCGACCUGCCCACUGGCGGCCCUCAAUUCGUCCCCGCAGCUGCCAAUGCUCCAGUCGAGCCGCAGACGAACGGCCACAAGUUGGAACACCAGCAGGCUCCGACCAGGAUGGGCUUCCGCAAGCGUUCUUUAUCUGGCGCGCUCAACUCCUGA